CGCGCUCGACUCUUAUUUUGAAGUUCCACUCGCUCAGCCAAUCAGAUUUUAGCUUCAUAAAACAGGAAGUAAUGCUAUAAAAACAAACGCGCUGCACACCCUGACAAGUAGCGACAGUACGUGUGACUUUACAGAAAACGUCGAUACUUUACUUUAAACAGUACACAACCUUCACAGCAGUCAUGCUGAAAGCUGUGGGACAAGCUCUGUUCUCAACUAGCCUGCAGAAUCCUAAAUACUCAGCAGAGAAGAAAGAGGAAAAAGACUAUGAGUUUCGCACCUACCAAGCCACAAAUUGGGUAAGCACCACUCUGAGUGGGAUGGAGUGGGACGCAGCCCUGAGCGCUGGCUUCCGCCGGCUCUUCAGCUACAUUCAAGGCAACAAUGAAAACAAGGUGAAAGUGGAGAUGACUGCUCCUGUGUCGAGCCGCGUGGACCCUGGAGCCGGUCCCGCUUGCGAAUCUCAGUUCACCGUGUCCUUCUACAUCCCAGAGGAGCAUCAGGACAAUCCUCCGCAGCCGAGCGACCCGGCGGUGUUUGUGGAGCACCGGAAAGAGUUCUCAGCUUAUGUCAGGACGUAUGGUGGUUUCUCUAAUGAGAAACUGAAGCGCGAAGAGCUCCUGAAACUUAUGGAGAGCCUGCAGAGGGACGGAGUCCAAUAUUUGGACAGUCCGUUCUACGCAGCCGGGUAUGACAGUCCCUUCAAACUCACAAACCGUAAGAACGAGGUCUGGGUCCUCAAGAAGGAGAAGGAGCAGGAGAAGAAGGAGUAGGACGUUUUAAAGGUCAAGCUAAACUCUGCACACCGCAACAGUCAAAUCAUUUAAUGACACUCGGCACAGCAUUUAUCAAUGUCCAAAGGGAAACAAAUCUUGGCUAUUAUUGAAAUAUGAUUAACAAAAUAGAAGUUUUAAAGGUCGUACUGACAAACAUUUUGUAUAGUAAUUUUUCCAUGUCUGACUGUCUGUUUUGUUUUAUUACCUUUGACUAAAAGUUACUGAAUCAUAGACUUACUGAAAGGCUUCACAAUGAGACUAAACAUAUGAUUUACGAGAGCUCUAAGAGGUCAUCACAAACAAAUAAACCUUGAAGGAAAAACUGGAUACAGUGGGGCAAUAUGUCCAGCAGGUAGAGCCAAAACGUUUCUCUCAUUUGGUGCAAACCUGUCAUGACAGAAAAACAACAAGUGCCUCUUCAUUUAUUUGAACUAAUAACUUUUAUUCUACAAAGAUUCUACAUUUAGUUUCACCUUAACAUUAAUAUAAAAAUACUGCGUACAGGAUGAAGAAAUAAAGGAUAGGGUCACAUGUUUUCAAGUCUGUCUUAAGCAAUACCUGUUCACUUUACUGCAUUGUCCUGUUUGUUCUCGCUGCUAAGAGAUUGCAUGAUGAAGGGGAACAAAAUCCAGAGUCCUCGUUAUGUGAACAAAUGCUCUUAAGUUUAGAAAAAAACCACAUGAGGCUUUAACAGUCAGAGUUAAUGUAGUAGCGUGUAUCUUACAAAUGACAGGUUUUUCAUUUUCUGCAGAAAGGAAAGGAAACCCUGUUUGUGAAUACACAAAGGAGGACUUUUGUAUUAAAAAAAUCCAAAUUUUUCAUUGUAAAUAUGGACCGUUCAUACCUGCAUCACUCAAGUCUCAGCAAAAGAAAAUGUUCCCCUGAUGAAUGAAUGACAUGUGCAUUAUCUGCCUGUGUGGUUUAAACUGAAAUCUACCCACAUUGCUUGUUGAGUGUAAGAUAUUAACAGAGAAUAACACACACGUUAACAUAAACCUAAUGCCUUUUUUAAUCUAAGUUUACUUCAUUUUAUACAUUAAAUCAUCAUAUUUAGAGCUCAUGAUUCACUAGAAAUUGUGUUUUUAAUCCGGAUGGUGCAUGGUACUUGAUGAGGGAACUAUGACGUAAGCACUGCACUGAUGUAUGAAUCCUGGGAGAUAUUACUUAAUGAUGUUUAACAAUGUAAAAUGCAUUAUCUCAUCAAUAAUAAAUAUACCUCAGCAUCAAAUGAU